CUCACGUUGCAACAACAGCCUCGCUGCCCACUGUUCACUCGCAGUAUCCCAAGAAGUAAACCAGUAGCAACACAGAGCUCAGCAAGUAUUCGAAUAAGUGAAUUAAAGAAUUAAUGACGUUGCUCCAUACUUGGGCUUCACCACUUCGUUUAGCACAGCCGUUGUUAAAACAGGAAAAAUGCAAUCGCACAUGCCAGCAGAGUUCUGUUGGUUCAAAAUUAUAGUUUCUAUGGGCCACCGGAAGUUGGGCGCGGGACCCGAGAGAGAACGUCCUUUACCGCCUCAUUUCCCUCCUCCCUACCCCUUCCUCUCUCAAACCAAAACUACCCUGUAAUUUAUCCCCCGCCGGAAAUUUGACAGUGAAAGGGAGCUCUAUUAAUAAUUCCACUGGGAUAAGAAGCGUUAAGGCAAAACUAUCUGGGUAACCUCAAGCAAUGGUUUACACUCGGUUGCCGAACUGAAAGGACCACUUCCGCCCAGCUUUCCAGCUACCGGGAACCCAUUACCACAGCGCCGCGAGCGCCGACGCAGGAACGGAAGUGACGUAGCGAAGUUUCCGGGACUGAAACGAAUUUUACCUGAUUUCUGUAUGUUGUCAUCUUGUGUACGCCCGGUCCCCACGACAGUCCGGUUUAUAGAUUCCCUGAUCUGCAAUUCUUCCCGUUCCUUCAUGGAUUUGAAGGCUCUCCUUUCUUCCUUGAAUGACUUUGCAUCCCUCUCCUUUGCUGAGAGUUGGGACAAUGUUGGAUUACUGGUGGAACCAAGCCCACCACAUACUGUAAAUACCCUCUUCCUGACAAAUGACCUGACUGAGGAAGUGAUGGAGGAGGUGCUGCAGAAGAAGGCAGACCUCAUUCUCUCCUACCAUCCGCCUAUCUUCCGACCCAUGAAACGCGUAACCUGGAACACCUGGAAGGAACGCCUGGUGAUCCGAGCUCUGGAGAACAGAGUAGCUAUCUACUCUCCUCACACAGCCUAUGAUGCUGCACCCCAGGGAGUCAACAACUGGUUGGCUAAAGGGCUUGGAGAUUGUACCUCCAGGCCCAUACAUCCUUCCAAAGCUCCCAACUACCCUACAGAGGGAAACCACCGAGUAGAAUUCAGCAUUAAUCACAGCCAAGACCUGGACAAAGUCAUGUCUGCAAUGAAAGGAAUUGAAGAUGUUUCUGUCACUUCUUUUUCUGCGAGGAUUGAUGAUGAGGAACAAACACGGAUUAGUUUGAAUUGUACUCAGAAGGCUUUGAUGCAGGUGGUAGAUUUUCUUUCCCAGAACAAACAACUUUAUCAGAAGACAGAAAUUCUGUCACUAGAGAAGCCUUUGCUUCAACAUACUGGAAUGGGACGGUUAUGCACACUGGAUGAAUCUGUCUCCCUGGCAACCAUGAUUGAUCGAAUCAAAAGACACCUAAAACUAUCUUACAUUCGCUUAGCCUUUGGGGUGGGGAGAACCUUAGAGUCCCAGGUCAAAGUUGUGGCCCUGUGUGCUGGUUCUGGGAGCAGCGUUCUGCAGGGUGUAGAGGCUGACCUUUACUUCACAGGUGAGAUGUCCCAUCAUGAUAUUUUGGAUGCUGCUUCCCAAGGAAUAAAUGUCAUCCUCUGUGAACAUAGCAACACUGAAAGAGGCUUUCUUUCUGACCUUCGAGAUAUGCUGGGCUCUCACUUGGAGAAUAAGAUAAAUAUUAUCCUAUCAGAGACUGACAGGGACCCUCUUCAGGUGGUAUAAAUGCAGAAACAUCAGGAUAACACAUUCUACAAAUCAGUUGGAUGCCAACUUGAAUUUGUAACAUGAGUCAGUGGGACUGGUGUGCCUCCAGAAGAGUGUCUUAGACAGUAUCAUUAUUUUUGGUUUGUUAAUCUGAUUCACCAAAUGUUCUAUCACUCAUGAGAUAAAACUGUAAUGUAACUACCACAUUAAAUAACAAGUAUUCAUUAUAAACUCUAGGAAAGAUUGAAUAAAAUCUGUUUACUUAGCAU